AUGGUAUCUGCCACAAGGCGGAGUAGAUCCACUGUCUAUCUAGGGCCUGUUAUAGGGACAAAGGACCACUCGGUUCCAUCGCAGUGUACCGAAAGUUUAAGGCGCCGGCGAAGACGAGGUACGAGACUUCCAAGUCACUUCAUUCGAUUAACUAGGAUCCGAGCACCGAGGUGCUUUAGAUGCAGUAGACGCAAUUCACAUG